AUGUCCGACCAGUACGACACCAUUCUCGCCAAGUUCCCCACCCUGCUGAAUGCGCAGGAGAAGGCUCUGCCGCUGGAACAACGCAAUGAGCUCGUUCGUCGCAAGGUCCAGAUAAUGAUCGCCGAAACGCAAUCGAAGCGACGGAAUGCGGCUCAGCAACAGCAGCAGCAAAACCAGUCUGGAGCAGGUGUGGGACAGGCUGUCCGUCCAGUGCAAGGGAUACCCAUGCAGGGAGUCAACGGCAUCCCCGUUCAAGGCGUCCAAGGAGUUCAAGGUGUCCAAGGCGUGCAAGGAGCCCAAGGGGUUCAGGCGGGACAAAGUCCAAGAAUAGGAAUGCAGCAAGGGCUCAACCCGCAGAUGAACCAAAAUGCGGGUCAGGUCGGCCAGAUCUCUGCUGCUCCGACACCUGCUGCUGGUGCUGUCGGAACGCCUAUGUCGAACACGCUGUCGAACAUGCCCGCGAUUGCCACCCCGUCACCAUCGGCUCAGCAGCAGCAUCAGUCGCCUGUUACCAACCAAGCGAUGCUCGGUCAAUCUCCCGUGGCAACCCGCAUGCAGUCUGUGCCCAGCGGAGGCGCAGGGCCAGGCAUCGCACAGGCAGGCACACCCCAGCCGCCCAGGACACCAGCGCAGCAGCCCCAAACGCUGGGCAGCCUGUUUGGUGGCGAUCCUAACAAGCUCAUCGCCAACAUGCCGGAGCUGCUCAAGGCGCGGCAGGCUGGCCAGAUGAAUCCGGAGAUGCAGAAGAACUUCGAUGCUCUCCUUUCGACUCCCGAAGUCAAGAACUGGCUCACGAAUAUGCAACACCGGCAAGCGGCGUCGAUGCGACAGAAUCUGGCGAACAAUGUCGCCGCCGCAACGGGCGGUGGUGCCAACCAACCGACACACGUCCUCGCCGCCCAGCAGAUCGCCCAUCUGCAACAGCAGCAACAACAGCGCCAAGCUCUCGUGCAUCGACAGGCUGUCGCCGCCGCUGCUGCUGCCGGAUUAACACCGGAACAGAUUGCGCAACUCACGCCUCAGCAGCUGGCGCAGUUCGCCCAGCAGCAGGCUGGACAGCAGAUGUUGAACGCUCAGCUUCAGCAGCAGCAGGCCCAGCAGGCGCAAUUGCAGCAGCAGCAGCUUCAAGCACAGCUGUUGCAGAACCCUCAGCUGCUCCUGCAGCAGCAGCAGAUCCUUGCCGCUCGCCAAGGUGUGCGGCCACAACUGAAUCAGGCCCAGCUGCAAAACGCUCAGCUGCAGGGUAUGCAACAGCCUCAGGCCGCACAGGUCGUGCAGGCGGCCCAGGCUGCUCAACUACUCCAAGCCCAGCAACAGGCACAAAACGCGGGCAUGCAGCUCACACCUCAACAGGUGCAGCAACUCGCCCGAGCAGCUGCCCUGGCCAACGCCGCCCAGCAGAAUAACCAGAACAACUUUGGCUCGCCGCGGCCGCCAAAUGCAGGUACGCCUCAGAUGCAGCAACAACAGCUGCCUCAGCAGAUGCAACCGCAACAGCAACAGCAGCCGCAACUCCAACAGCAGCAGCAACAACAACCACAGCAACAGCAGCAGCAAGUUCCGCAGCCUCAGCAGGCUGUUCAACCGCAACCGCCCCCACCUCAACAGCAACAGCAACAGCCGCAGCCUCCACAGCAACAGCAACAGCAACAGCAACCCCCACAGCAGCCCCAACAGCCACCAAACCCUCACGCUCACAUUCUCGAGAUCCGAGCACGUCUCGCGCAGUUGCCCGAAGCGGAGCGCAACAAGGCGUUCGAGAAAAAUCCGAAAUUGAGGGCGUUGUUCUACGGCAACAUCAACCUGCAGAGCCAGCAGCUUGUUCAACAAGCGCAGGCUCAGGCUGCUGCCCAGCAGCAGGCACAGCAAGGCCAGGUGUCGACACCUCAGGCGUCAACGCCGCAGGCGCCUUCGCAAGCUCCAACACCACAACAGGUGCCCGCGCAGCCCCCGCAGCAGCCGCCUAUGCAGCUGCCCAACAAUGGACAGGGUGUCCAGAGCCCAGCGAUGAUGCAAGCGCGCCCGAUUGGGUUCCCCGUCCUAAACCAAUCGAACCUCUACAUCCCGCCUAACAAGCAGCGUAACAUGCAAGCGCAGUCGCAGAGCCCUGGCCCGCAAUCGCCUGCGGUGCGACCGAACCUUAACGCGGCGAUGGCAGCGGCGCAACAGCAGCAACAGCAACAGCAGAAUCAGCAGCGGGCGUUCCCGCAGGGCAUUCCAAUCAACCAGAACGCGGCUGCAGGCUCUCCGAUCAGGCCACCGGGCAUGGUUCAGGUCCCGCCCGGGCAGCACCUGACACCGGGCAUGAUUCUGUCGGACCUGGACAAGAAGAAUGUUGUGCCGACCGCACAAGCGGCACCGAUGCGACCAACAAACGACGUCCCUGGGGCGCUGCUCGACCGCUCGCAGUCUGUUAUGAGCAAGACGACGUGGCAGCCAACGCCCGAGAGCGACAAGGCAUUGCGAGACCAGCUUCUACUUGCGCACCAGGUACCUGCCCGGAGCGCUGGACGGGCCACGUUGUUGGAGGGUUUAGCGACGAACCCAGUCCUCACAAACGUACUCGGCGAGCAGCUGCCGUCGGACAUGCGCGCACUUGCGGAUGGCGAGAUCGAGUCAAAGGCUGAGCUUGACAAGGGCAAGAAGCACGAGCUGGAGGGCGCGACUGGUCUGCCGGGCCAGAAGAAGAUGAAGAUGCAGGAGUUCGCCGAGACGAUCGAUGCGUCACUCAACGUCGAUUGGCCCGUCGAGGACGUGCUCCUAAACUUGACGGACGAGUACGUUGAUCUCGUCUCGCAGACGUCAUCUCAGUUGGCCAAGCACAGGAAGUCCGCCACCAUCGACCGCAAGGACGUGCAGUUCGCGUACGAGAGUCUGUUCGGCCGAGCGUUGCCUGGCUUCUCUUCCGACGCGAUUCGACUGGACCAGGCGCGUUCAUCAAAGCGGGCGCCCAUGAGUCAGCAGCGCGCCGCCAAGCUCAAGCUGGUGAAUGAUGCCAAGGCGGCGUGGAGGAAGGAGAAGGAGGAGGCCGCCAAGGCGGCAGAGCAGGCCAAGUACGCCGAGCAGGCAGCCAGCGCGCUCGGCGUCACGGUCAACGGCGUGCCGAAUGGUACGGCUAACGGGUCACUGGAUGCGUCCACCGUCGCCACCCCGGGAACGACAGGUCUUAUGCUCACAACUGGAGCACCGAGUGGUGUCUCCACCGCCCCUGAGAGUGCGAAUGUCACUCCCGCGCCGACAGGAGCGGUAGGACAGCAGCCUCCCGCUGUGCUCGUGACACCAGCAGCGUCGACGAUCGUAGCAUAG